AUGCGACCAAACCCUAGUCUUAGUGGUGCAACAUCUUCUUGUAGAGAUUCAUUCAUUGGCCUAUGGGAUGAUUGCAUAAAUAGGAUCGUUUCAACAUUUUGUUCCAUUGAAAUGGUCUUCAUUCGAAAAUCUUCGUUGUCAUUAGCAGAAACUGUACAAGAUCAAUGGCCUAAUGUAACCGGUUUUCUAAGAAAUUUUUGCUUGUGGAGAGGAGAAGAAACUAAUCAGUUAAGGGAAGGCCAUCUUGAUCCCUCUAGUUCCAUUGUGGACAAGCUUUUGUGGACCUAUAUGGAUCUUCCUUACAUUCUUGGAUACUAUGCUGUUGGCUACAUUGUAACGUUUUGUGCGUUAAACAGAUUACAGGAUCGCGUUAUAAGAACUGAUCUUUAUACGGUUGACCUAUCAACACCGGCGGAGAGAAUAAAAGCCCUAGUCCCAUGCUGGAGAAUUGCAGGAUUAUUGUCAUGGUUAGCUGAUAGAUGCUAUAAUUUCAUUACCAAUGGCAAUAGCUAUAAGGUUGUACCUUAUAGUGAUUUUGAGAUAAUCGAUUUAGGGGAUGGGAAUAUCGCGGAAAUGACACCAAAUACAGUGAACAGAUUAUUCUCAAGCAAAAGAAAAUGGGCAGCAGUGAAGGAAAUUUAUGAUUUUCUUGAUCACAGAAUCCCACAUGCUGAGUUUAUUAUCCGAUCUUCAGAAAAAUAUUUAGCAAUGGACAAAGUGAUGAAGAAAAUUAAUAGAGAAAGUGAAUGGUUCAUUACCGGCUUCGACGAGGCGAUGGGUGCACCACAGUUGAACCCCAACAGGGGUGUAGCCACUAGAAAGCACGCGCCGGAGAUGGGGCGGGGUUUACAUGGGGUGAAGGUGGACGUGUGGGAAGUAGGUCAACUAGUAAAGACUUGUGGAUUAGUAGGCGUGCCUAAAUUGCUUAGGGAGUUGCAGAACAGAUGCUUGGACCACAACCCAGAACAGCGGCCAACGGCGGCGGACUGCUACCACCACCUGCUGCAGCUGCAGUCUUCAAUAUCAGCUGUCGCCACCGGAGAGUAUUUGACGCCGGCAGUAUAG